AUGACGCAUUUGAAGCUCCAUUCCGGCCAAAAGCCAUAUUCAUGCGACUUUUGUCCAAAGUCGUUUCUCUACGCUUCAAACUUAAAGAGACACUCAAGGGUCCAUACCGGUGAAAAGCCUCAUGUGUGCGAAUAUUGCUCGAAGUCAUUUUCUAGCGCGACACGUUUAAAGACACAUUUGAGUGUCCACACUGGGGAGAAGCCCUAUUCGUGCGAAUGUUGUUCUAAGGCGUUUUCUAGCGCCACACUCCUGAAGACACAUUUGAGGAUACACACUGGGGAGAAGCCCUACGCGUGCGAAUAUUGUUCAAAGACAUUUUCUGGCGGUUCAAACUUGAAGAUCCACGUGAGGAUUCACACUGGCGAAAAGCCAUAUCCGUGUGGAAGCUGUUCAAGAACAUUUUCCGACAGUUCAAGCUUAAGGACGCAUUUGAAGAUCCAUUCUGGCGAAAAGCGCCACGCGUGCAAAUUCUGUUCAAUGGCUUUCGCUAAGGGUUCGUAUUUGAAGAGGCAUUUGAGGGUGCAUAGUGGUGAAAAGCCGUAUUCUUGUCAGUGUUGCCCAAAGGCAUUUUCUCAGACUUCGCAUUUGAAGCUUCACAUGAGGACUCACACUCGCGAUGCCUCGACUAGUGAAGAUAUUGUUUGA